GUUGCGGCGGGACUCGCCCAGGCGAACCUCAGAGGUGCUUUCAGCAGGACGACGGCUUCCGGGCAGGGGCGUCCCGCCAGCAGCCACCAUGUCGUCAGUGGGGAAGGUGACCCAGGUUCAGAGCGGCAAAGUCUACCAUCAGAUCUUCCAAGCCGAAGUGCAGCUGGUCCAGUCCCUGGCAGCCUCCAGAAAGCGGUCUGCGGAGCGUUCUGCGACCCCAAAGAGUGGCUGGAUACCCAUGAUGAAAAAGGUGGAGAUUCCUGAAGGGGAGAUGAUGUCUCCUCGGCAGCGGAAGUGGGUGCACAGCCUUCCCAACGACGGGGUUACAGAAAACCCAGUUCUCUACAAGGAAAAGGAAACAGCCAGGAAGGAAAAAGUACAAGAGAACGAAGGAGCCAUAGCUGCCCGAGAGGUGCAGGGCCUCAUGGACACUAUCGUUUCUAAGGAGACCAGCACCAUCACCCUUCAAAGGCAACAGGCACAGAAAAAGAGGAACUAUGAGAACGCUCUGGCCAACUUUCAGGAGGAGAUUGCAGAAAUCACCAGGGAAAUGGAACCUCCGAUCUUAGAGACAGGGAAACUGUUUUUGAACAAGCUGUCCCAGUCUGACAAAAACAUCAACCAUCUCUUCAAAAAGAUAGAAAACGACAACAGCCUUGAGGACUACACCAUGCAAACCCUGUUGGAACUGUGGGAUGAGGUGGCCCACGUGUUCGUGCUCCAGAAGCAGGAGAUUAAGGCACUGGACGAAGCGCUGCUGUCCCUCGAGGUCUCCAGAGGCGAUAAGCUGAAGAGUGUGUUGAAGAAAUAUGUGGAAAUCAUAGAGAAAACGUCCUACCUCAUGCAGCCCGACGUGUACAGGCUCAUAGAUAAGGAGGCCACGGUCAUGAACUAUGCCCUGCUGGGCAACCAGAGGGCCAUCGCCCAACUGUCCCUGAACCUGAUGGAGGCCACCCUACAGAAGGAGCUUGACAGUCGCUACCGCUGGCAGUGCCUAGUGGACACCUGGAAGGCUCUCAAGAAGGAGACCCUGAUGGAGAGCUUCAGAGAGUUCAUGGCCAGUGAGGAUAUCCAGUCUCCUCCGGUGGUGAAGAAAGAGCUGGAGGAAAUGCUGACCGCCCAGGAGGUCCUGCAGCAAAAGCGGCUGAAGCACCUCUGCACCAUCUGUAACCUCCUGCCCCCCAAUUACAACAUGGCUCAGCUGACUGAGUGGCAUUCUUCUCUCAAUGCCCUGAACCAGGAACUCGACAACUACCACAUGGACUGCAUGAUGCGGAUCCGCUUGCUGUACGAGAAGAGCUGGCAGGAGUGCCUGGCCUGUGUGCAGAAAUGCAAGAAGCAGCUGCUGGACUGCAAGUCCUUCACUGAGGAAGAGGCGGAGAGCCUGGUGAACCCGACCUUCUUCCAGAUGGUGGGAGAGCUCCAGAGCAAGGUGGAGGGGAAGCUGGAGCUCCUGGAUAAAUCCUUCGAGGCCCUGGCCAAGCAGACUGAGUGGCAGAGCUCAGACCUCUUCAGGUAUUUCCACGAGGCUGUGCAGCUAUGGGAGAUGCACCAGAAUAUGCUGUCAGAGCAGGAGCUGGAACUUGAGAAGAAUAUGGAGCAGUAUCGGGAGAAGCACAGCCUGGAAAACCAGGCCCAGGAGGCCAACCUUGAUAAGCUCUUGGACCAACUGAGACAGCAAAACCAUGAAGAAGCCUUGAAGUUAUACCUGGAAAAGGCCAAAACUUUUCUGAAGAGCAUGAAAUCGAGGUAUGAGUGUUUUCAUGGCAUCCUGACCAAGGAAGUGAUGGAGUAUCCAGUGGUCGUACUGAAAGAACUCAACUCCUACAGCUCCACCCUCAGCCAACAUUUCUUUGUUCGUGAAAUCUUUGAGCAGAACUUGGCUGGGGAAGUCAUUUUCAAGUUCAGGAAACCAGAAAAACACGAACUGUACUUCCUGAAGAAAAUGAAGAAACCGAAGAAAAGACACAGGGCCCAAGUGGAAAUGUACAGAAGUGAGGAGAGCCUAAGCAGAGGGCCAGUUUCUAUGAGGCCUGCAGAGGAGAUGGAAGAAGAAAGAGGUCAGGACCGGGAGUCCUCCACAGAAGAGAGCGGGCUGAGCCAGCAGGACAGAUCUGCAUCCGGUGACCAGAUGUACGAGUCCAGAGAGGACUCUCCGCAAGGAUUAGAAGAAAUGAAGGUUGACAGGGAGAACUCCUCAAAACCCUCCCUGAACCAGGAAAGUGUGGGGGCCCAAGAAGAGGAGGAGGAGGAAGAGGAGGAAGAGGAGGAAGAGGAAGCAGGGGAGAGCGAGGAAGAGGAGGCAAAGGGAAAAGAGGAGGAGGAGAACAAAGCGGAGGAGGCGGCAAAGGAAGAACAAGAGAGAUUGUCUGUGUGUGAGGGUGAUGCCAAGGAAGACUAUCUGGAGGAGUUCUCCUCCGAGGACCUGGAGUCCUUCACAACCUCCAGUGGGAACAAAUAUUUUGUCUUCGUAUCCCUGGAAGAAGAAGAGGAGGAGGGUUAUAGGAGGCCCCACUCCGCCUUCUCAACCCCACGCUUUGACAACACUUUCCGCACUGAGUUCACAGAAAGAAUGAUAGUUCCGUCCACACUGAUUUUAGAAAUUAAGAAACAACUUCGAAUUGGCUUCUUUGAACACCUAGAGAAGUGGUUUGACCAAUGUGCCCUCAAUGCCCGGGUCAUCGUAGCCUCCAAGAUUGAUGAGUUAGAUUCGGAGCUGGAGCUACAACUGCACCUGCACCAGCCAAGACUCCAGCACAUUGAGAAGGACAUCCAUAAUGUCAGGGCAGCUGAGCUCUUGCUUCACCAAGAGCGGUUGGACAGACACUGUGCUGGAGUGACAGAGACGCUGAAGAAGGAGAGGCUGAUGUUCUGCCAGUUCCAAGAAGAGCUAAACAUGCGGAGCAAAAACUUCCGCCGCAAGAUCUACGACAUGGAGUACAUCUUUUUGAAUGCCACCAAAAGCCAAAAGCUGGCCAUUCUCAACAGCACACUGCACCGGGAGCUGCUUAGCUAUGUGGAUGUCAUCCAGGUGUCCCUGCGCGGCUUCCGGCAGUACUUGGAGGAGAGUCUGGGCAAACUCCGUUUCACCAACAUUGACUACAUCAAGCACUGCAGAUUAUUUUCGGAGGGAGGCAACUUUUCCCCUGAGGAAAUGAACUCACUGUGUAAUCGUCUGGAGAAGGAAGCUACCCGGAUAGAGUAUGUCGAAAGUUUAAUCAUGGUCAACAUGGAGAAGAUGGAGAACGAGUACCUGGACCAGGCCAAUGAUAUCAUCAACAGAUUUGAAAGUAAAUUCCAUAACCUAUCUGUGGACCUUAUUUUCAUAGAGAAAAUCCAGCGAUUGAUGACAAAUCUGCAAGUGAACAUCAAGUGCCAGGUGGCAAAGUCCAAUUUGCAAGCAGAUGGAUUAAAUUCUUCUCUGAAACAGCUUCAACAACAAAUAGAAAUUUGUCGAGACCCAAAGGGAGAUAAGACAACGGUAACCGCCGAAGACCUCCUGGGUUUUGUCAGAACUUGGAAAGAACAACUGAGCCAGAGGAUUAAGUACCUCAACUGCAGCCUGGCCAUGGUGUCAAUGUCUCAGGACAUCUAUGUGGACAGUGUCACGACCGAUGCAAAGGAGGAGAGUGACUUCCAGAUUUCAGAGAUCCCAGAGGAGGAGGCCAAGUUAGGCCUGGUCGCCCCUGAAUCCUUUGCACAGCCAAGCCGCUUAGGGAAGGCCAUGACUGAAGACCCCGCUGUGAUGGUGAUCAAGAAGAUCCUGCAAGUUCCUGACAUAAAGUCAAUGCACCAGUGUGAGAAAGAUCGGUCACAGACAGUCUUGAAGCACCCUCAGUGCCAGCAAGAAAACUUUAUAAAGAAGUCCUUGCACAGUGCCAGUGCCACCUCCUCAGCAGCAAGCAUCAGCCGGCAUUCCAAGCCCAACAGAAAUGACAGAAAGUACCAGGUGCUGGGGGACAAGUCUCCUCCAUCAACCAAGCAUUUUAAAGGGAUCAUCCUGACCCUUCUCUGGGAGAGCAACCACUAUCUGCUGACCGUUGUGGAGGAAUAUUACCGCAAAGAGAGGCACCCAGUCACCAGGCCUGACUGCAUGUAUGAAACCUUCGACCAGUGUGCCGACAGCAUUGGCAGGAAGAUCCUGGAGUACCAGAGCCAGACGAAUGAGUACUACAACUCCUGCCUCAUGGAAUUACGAGUCCAGAUGAGGAGAUUUGAGGAGCUGCUGCCCCAGGUGUGUUGGCUGGUGACAGAGGACUUCAAGGAGCAGCACUGGAAAAAGUUUUGCACCUCUGUGGAAAAGAUCCAGAAACAAUUUGAGGAGCAGAAAGAGCAGUUAGACAAAAGGAAGGAUAGGAAUGCCCAGAAGCUCAAUCCAAAUAUUGGACACCCUGCACAUUACCAAAUAAUGGAGUCUCUACACAUACUAGAAGAAAAAAGACAGGAAGAGCUGGACCAUGUGAUCAAGAAGCACAAGGAUAAUCUUGAGGAAGUCACCAGGAGUUGUGGCCACUUUUUCAUAAUGAGCUUGGCCUCCUUCACCGAGAAGUUCCUGCUGCAGCUGGAUGAACUGAUCACCAUCGAUGACAUCCAGGUUGCAAGGACCGAGCCCUGCAAGCAGAAAACAUCAAUCCUCAUCCGGAGGAAACUGGCCAGGAUGUCCCUGGAGGAAGAGAGUGAGAAGCCCCUGAUUGAACGAGGGAGCAGGAAGUGGCCAGGAAUCAAACCCACCGAAGUCACCAUCCAAACCAAGAUUCUUGAUCGGAAAACAUCCUCUAUAACCACCUCUAAGACCACCCUGGGCCAUCUGGCAGCCGUGGAAGCCCGAGAUGCUGUGUACCUGAAAUAUUUAGCAUUGUUUGAGGCGGAGCUGAAAAAAAUCCAGAAUGACCACAAUGUCCAGGUGGAGGAGGCCCAGCGCUGGAAGGAGAGCUGGAAGUGCUCCCUGCAAACCAUCCACAGCCUCUACACCUGACACCCUCCCCCACCCCCAAUAAAGCUUUAUUCUGUGCUGG